GCAUAAACCGGCUUGCCGUCGCCGCGGCCUGUUGCUUGCGCUCGACCGGUCCGCCGAUCACUGGGCCAAGUUCACAGUUUAUUCGUCGACGCCGCUCCGCUCGGAGCCCACGUAUUACCGCGCGCGCUGAUAUCCAUGCGACGAUGGCUAACUACGAACACUUAGUGCUAUUUUAAAUUUCUAAUGAACGUUUGCGAUUUAGUGACACAAUUCCGUUUUGGAUAAUGUUGCAGCUGCUUCAAUUCAACUUUUGAGGUGUCAGUCGAAUAUCCUCUCUGCUUUUCACCAAUCCCUGGACCAGUAUAUUUGACGCGCGCUCGGGCGAGACAAGCAAGGAGGAUGCCGCGUCAUUACAGAAGAAGAAGAGCCAAUGCUAACCAGCCACAACCGCCUAACAAUGGCAACAAUUUACCAAGACGUAACAACGAUAAUUCUGAGCAGCCUCCGUCUACAAGUCGAAAUCGUCCCAACGCCAGGAACCCAGUGUUCAGGGUAGACUUCCAGCGCCAAUUACCCCUCGGAGCUGAAAGGCGCGCUGGUUCACCAGUCUUUAAUGCUGGAGGGCAUCAGCAAGAAGGAAACAUGCGAGCUCUUGCAAACCGCCUGAUGUUCCAUGCACGCGAAAAUAUGACCAUUGACGAGCGCGCGUUGCAAUGCCUUAAUUGCGGAUUGCUGCCACUCACACCCGUCACAGGGAUUUGCGGACACACUAGAUGUUUAGAGUGCAUUCAACGUCACGAAAUUUGUCCUUGUGGUCAGGCGCACAGCCCGUGGCAACUCAGCGUUAACAUCCUCGCCCAAGGGCUUAUCCAAAAAAUUCUUUCAACUGAGUCGAAUUUCAGGCAUUGGAUGGCUACUUCGCAAGAAGGCCGCGGCCACCUGCCGCGGAGACAGGACCCACCUGUACCAAUGCACGUCGCAGGACGUGUCUUGCUUGCUGAAAUGGAUAUCAACAUGGUGCCAGAAGGCGGACCCAGACAAGAUCAUAAUUCUGCUUCCUUAAAGCGCGACGAAGUGUCCUCUAUACCAAAUGAAGGUCAGAUACCAAAGAACAAAGAUGAGGAAAAGCAAACUGAUAAAGCAUCCGACGAUACUGAUUAUGUUAACAAUGCCUCAAAUGCUUCGGCAGCUGCCAAAUCGGAAGAACCUGUCAAAGAGAAUCCAGUUGGUAAUGAUGACAUGAGAGAAGAUGGUGCCUGGGGUCCAUUGGAUUUCUCUGCCCCUCCUAGUAUUGAGACCAUCAGUCCGUUCCGUAGGAUCCCGGUCACACCUGCGGCCCGUGUGCAAUUCGCAAGGCACCUGAUGGAUGAAGGCCAAUACUUGGAGGCUGUGCCCCACCUUGCUCGCGCAGCCACCGCUGAUGAAGUGGCCCAUGUUGCUCGCAGGCUGCUCACCCAGGCCCUCCAAGAGUUGUCAAGAACUCGGAACGUCGUCGAGCUGGAAGCCGACAUUCGCGAAGAGAUUGGCUCCCAAGCCACCUCCAGGUGGCUCCGUGAGCGUGACCUGGAGUGCGUGUAUUGCUACGACACGCUGUGCAAACCGGUCACCACGCCUUGCGGCCACACUUUUUGCCAUGCUUGCCUGGAAAGGUCUCUGGAUUACCGCCUGACGUGCGCCCUCUGCAUGCAAACCCUCAACAAUAUAUGUUUCCGAGAUGUCCAAAUCACGGAAUAUGUGUGCGCUGCGCUGAUGGCUAUCGGCGCGAUUAAAGCCUCGCUGCCCCCGGACCCCAGCGUCAUCCCGAUCCUGGCCUGCACCGUUGCUUUCCCGGGAAUGCCGUGUCCAAUUUUCCUAUUCAACCCGCGAUAUUGGUUCAUGAUCCGCCGCAUCCUGGAGUCGGAAACGCGCCAGUUCGGCAUGGUGGCUUAUCGCAGGGAGGGAAAUUACGCGGAAUACGGCACGAUUCUGGAACUACGCGACUGCGUCUAUCUGCCUGAUGGAUGCACCAUCGUGUCCACCAUUGGAAUAUCCCGCUUCAGAGUCAUUGAGAAAGACGUCUGGGAUGGGUGGUGCGACGUCGUCCGCAUACAACCAGUGGUUGACAUACCGAUUGUCAACAAUGAAACCGUGGCUGACCUCCGUCUGCUUGCCCGCCAUAUUGCUUACAAGGCGGCCAUUUGGAUCAGCGGCAUAAACCCGGUCCUCCGUGCCAACAUCCACACGGCUUUCGGACCUAUGCCCUACAUCGAUGCCCAUGGAAACUGGUGGAAGGAACCCGACGGUCCCUCCUGGCUGUGGUGGCUCAUCUCUAUCCUGCCGCUUAAAUUGGAGAUUAAGAUCCUGAUCCUGGCAACCGACAGCUUGGUGAAACGCAUGCGCGCCGUCCUUCGCACGCUGAACACUUCUCUUGCUCAGCCGCGUCAAUGCGUAUACGAAUCCGCGCUCCUCGAUUGGUGGGAGCAGCGGCAAUUGUGAUUGGGCAGCCGGCGCGCCCCACGCAUGCACUUCUUUACCGUCGGGCAGUACUACUACUACACCGUCGUCGCUGUACGGCACAACAACGAAAUUCAUUUCGCAUAUUAUCUACCAUAUGUACUACUCUAAAUACGUAUUCAAUAACUAAUUGCAGGGUCCUCUAUGUGAUUGUAUACCUACUUACUCAGAUGUGCACUUAAUGUAUCCCCUAGCUUUAACUCUUCUUCUUAAAGUAUUCUAAAAGUUAAAAGUGUGUCAAAGACUUCGUAAACCAUCAUUUUCAUACGAUUUUGUUUAGCACACGACUUUCUUCUAUUGUGAUAACUAUGAAUUUUCGUAUUCGAAAGAUUCCGCACUGUCUUAGGGUCCACUUUUAUAUUAAAUGUAAGUACUAUCCCUAUUUGAUUGAUAUACAUUUUAUAUUUACAAUUCCUUCUUUCAUGCAUCAGGGCUCUGCAUAUUUAUUAAUUCAUGUAUUAAUUGUAAUAGAUUACGUAGUCUGAUUGUUGAGGGUAAACCCUGUCGCGACUUCAUGGAAUAACCUCAAGUUCGCUUUAAUUAAAAAUUUGUCUAGAAAAAGACACUAGGCAGCAUUAAUCGCGUCUAUAUAACUAAUAGUUACCCUAUAAUAAUAUUACGAUACUCUAAGAGUUCUUUACUAAUUAUUUUAAUAAGUAAUUUUAAUCAAGAAAUGAGUUGAUGAAAAGUGAUCUGAGAAACCGUCAUUUUAUAUAACCGUCCCAUUUUAUCCUUAUCAAUAAGAUAAGGAUGGCGAUAUAAAAUAUCCAUUUGAUAGAUCACUUGUAUGGAGAGUACUAGUACCUGUGUGAUUUCGUUUGUCAUUUUGUGUUUCGUUUUACAGAACUUCUUAAGUUCAAUGUUUAAAUUAAAAUAUUAUACAUUCCAGCGCUCCCUUUCUAUUUCUAUAUAGUCAAUUAUUUUUAUCUUCAUUAAGUACAUACCAAUUGAGACUGUCAUAUAAUGUUAGAUUUAUCUAGUUAAGUAGAUGUUGCAUUUAAAGUGUGUCACCAUGUUGGUUGUCUGGCAAGUGGUUAUGGUUGUUACUGUUGUUCUUGUAUGCCACAAAAUUUUAAUUGGUAUUUGAAAGGAUGUGAAUUCCAUGAUUAUUUGUCAGGCCCUAUUAUUGGUAUUACAACAGAAAAAACAGAAAAUGAUUCAUAAAGACAGCCAACAUUACUUUUAAGAUUAUAUGUUUAAGUCUUUAGAACUACAAGAAUUUUCUAAUCAAUGUACUUUGUGUCGUGUAUUCAUUAGAAUUACGAAUAUUAACCAAUUACACUUUAAUAUUAAGUGUCGUCAUUUUCAUUAACAUUUAAUACAUUAAAAUAUGUAGUUGUAAGUCGUAAUAAUCGUCUGAUUUACUCAUCAGUGUUACCGAUGUAGUUGUGUAAGUUAUCAUGAAUAUGUAAUAUAUAUAUUUGUUCUUAAAGCUUUAUUUAGUUAUCUUUAGUUAAUAUUCCAUAGCACAAGUCUCGAACUAACAAUGAGCUAGCUCAGUCUCGGUGAUUUGCUUUAUAAUUUUUUUAUUUACCUUCAGUGGUUUAAAGGAUUAAGAUGAGAAAAAAGAAGUAUUGCCACUAAAACGGUUGUGACAUAGUUCGUCACUCUCGCAAAUAGUUAUCGCAAAAAAGAAUUGGUGAUUUUAUUGUCAUUACUUUUGACUUAAUUUUCCCAGUUCAUCACAUUCGCAACUUGUCAUUCUGAAAUUAUAGUUGAAAUGAUCGAAACUGCGAAAAUUAUGCAAUAACACAUUGUGUCAAAGUUUGAAAGUGACCAAUAAUUCUUAAUUUAAAUCAUGUGAUCUCAAUAUAAUUAAUAAGCUGUUAAAUAAGAUUUAAUUAUUUGUUUAAGUUCGCUGUGAUCGCAUAUUGUUUCAUUUUACUUAGUUUAAUAGUUAUAAUCACUAUUUAAACUUAGUCUGGCCACAAAUACUGUAUGUUGUCUAUUUAGCGCCAAUUAGUGUUUAACACUAUUUGUGAUAUUAAACUGGGAGAAGGGUUUAAAAAACUUACUGUUAGAGUAAUAAAAGUGUUUUUUUGUGACAGUAUUUAGGGGUGGACUAGGUAUAUUCGAUGAUACUCAUUUAGGUAUACCUUUAUAGUUCAUAAGCUUUUAUCAAACUUAGGAACCUUAGAAUAUAGGUUUGUAUGAUUUAAAAAUCAAAUUAGAUUUGGCUUAAUAAAGAUUCUACUUCGUAAAAUCAUUACUUUACAGCUAAAGAGUUGCCGAAUUUCAAGGGGUUUUAACUUGGUGAUUCCUUAGGUACUUACAAUACAUGCCUAAUUUAAAAUCUUUUGUCAGUCUGUAGAACAUCAACAUUUUGUAACAGUACAGUUAGUACAUACAUACAUAUAUUGAUUGUAUUAUUAUUAUCUUGAUGUCAUAUCAUAGGAUAGGGCAUGAAUGUAUUACAUGCAUAAUUUAUAUUGUUUGAUACAAUUAAACGUAGCAUACCUACUACAUUCUUGCUUUCGAGCUCUCAUUGAAACGCAUUGUCUUUAUAAUAAUAUAUUCAUUGAUGUCAA